UUGAAGCCUCCCUUUUCUUCUGUCAAAACCACUUCAACGACAGGAGAGAGAAACUAGAGAGAGAAACUACAGAGAGAGAGAGACGGAGUCGGUCAGGCUGGCGAGCCACCAAACCCUCUAUUUCUCUCACUAUUCAACCAACACAACACUGAUUCGUAAUCGAACGAACGAUCUCAUGCUCGAUUUUCAGCCUCAGUUGUAAGCCAUUUGAUGCGUGUUGAAACCAGAAAUUUGCUUCAAUUGUUGUCAUUCAAGCCCUAAACUUCGGUACGUUUAAUCGGAUCUGAAAGGAGAAACAAGUUUCAACCAGCCAAUGGCUUCGGCGAAGACUUCUCGGUCAAGGUCACUCUCAGGCACGCCAGCGAAGGGCAACGCCAAGGACACCGGCACGAAGCUCGAGGAAAAUCUCAACCUAUUCAGGUCCGAUAAUUUCGACGCCGACGGCUAUGUGCAGUCCACGUGUCACUCCUUGAAUGAGAAGGAAAUCAGGCAAUUAUGCUCCUAUCUUAUGGAUUUAAAGAAAGCUUCUGCCGAGGAAAUGCGUAGAAGUGUGUAUGCCAAUUAUGCAGCCUUCAUUCGCACAGCGAAAGAGAUAUCAGAUUUAGAGGGCGAACUUUUGUCAAUCAGAAACCUUCUAUCUACUCAGUCAACUUUAAUUCAUGGUCUAGCUGAGGGAGUUCACAUUGAUUUAUUAUCUAGCACUGUUUCUGAUGGUCCUACUGCAAAUAGUUUAUCCAACUAUGAAGACAAAGAACCUUCAGACCUGGAGAAACAAUUAAUAGAGUUCCCCGAUCUCCUGGAUGUUUUAUUAGCCGAGAGGAGAGUGGCUGAAGCUUUGGUAGCCCUUGAUGAUGGAGAAAGAGUAGCUUCUGAAGCAAAAGAAAAGAAAAGGUUGAGUCCAGCUGUACUCGUGUCACUUGAGACAGCUAUUAGUGAACGGAGGCAAAAAUUAGCGGAUCAGCUUGCUGAAGCUGCUUGCCAACCUUCUACACGUGGUGGUGAGCUUCGUGCAGCUAUUUUAGCUCUUAAAAAGCUUGGAGAUGGCCCCCGUGCUCAUAGUUUGCUACUCAAUGCACAUUACCUAAGAUAUCAGUAUAACAUGCAAUGUCUUCGUCCGUCAAGUACGUCAUAUGGAGGAGCAUAUACUGCUGCCCUUUCACAGCUAGUGUUCUCUGCCAUUGCUCAAGCAGCCAGUGAUUCAUUGGCCAUUUUUGGCAAGGAGCCAGCUUAUACUUCUGAGCUUGUGAUGUGGGCUACUAAGCAAACUGAGGCUUUUGCACUUCUUGUUAAAAGACAUGCAUUAGCUUCAUCUGCAGCUGCUGGAGGUUUAAGGGCAGCUGCAGAAUGUGUUCAAAUAGCAUUAGGUCAUUGUUCAUUGCUGGAAGCUCGUGGAUUGGCACUAUGUCCUGUGCUACUGAAACUCUUUAGACCUAGUGUUGAACAAGCACUAGAUGCUAAUUUAAAACGAAUUGAAGAGAGUACUGCUGCUAUGGCAGCCGCUGAUGAUUGGGAACUUACAUAUCCCCCACAUGUUACACGUCAAUCUGGCAGGCCUUCAAGUACAUCUCUUGGCAACACAACGACAAAUCACCAUAAACUUUCAAGUAGUGCUCAUCGCUUCAAUUCAAUGGUCCAGGAUUUCUUUGAAGAUGUGGGACCACUCCUUAGUAUGCAGUUGGGAGGUAAAACCUUGGAAGGUUUGUUCCAGGUAUUUAAUUCGUAUGUUAACAUGCUCAUAAAAGCGUUGCCGGGUUCCAUGGAAGAAGAAGCAAACUAUGAAGGUUCUGGAAAUAAAAUUGUUCGAAUGGCUGAGACGGAAGCCCAACAACUUGCAUUGCUCGCAAAUGCAUCCCUAUUAGCAGAUGAACUACUGCCACGUGCAACCAUGAAGCUCUCCCAAUUGAAUCAGGCUAAUUACAAGGAUGAUACUCGUAGAAAACCUGCAGAUCGGCAAAACCGUCAUCCUGAGCAAAGAGAAUGGAGAAGGCGUCUUGUCAGCUCGGUUGACCGAUUAAAAGAUAGUUUUUGUCGACAACAUGCUUUAGAUCUUAUUUUUACCGAGGAUGGUGAUAGCCAUCUUAGUGCAGACAUGUACAUUAACAUGGAUGGUAAUAUGGAUGAAAUAGAAUGGUUCCCUUCUUCAAUAUUCCAGGAACUUUAUGCCAAACUCAACAGGAUGGCCAGUUUUGCUGCAGAUAUGUUCGUAGGCAGGGAAAGAUUUGCCACAUUGCUGUUGAUGAGACUCACAGAAACUGUCAUCUUAUGGCUCUCGGAAGACCAAAGUUUUUGGGAUGACAUUGAGGAAGGACCAAGGCCUUUAGGUCCUCUUGGUAUUCAACAGUUUUAUUUGGAUAUGCAGUUUGUCAUCUGCUUUGCUUCCCAAGGGCGGUACCUAUCUCGGAAUUUGCAUCGAGCUGUCAAGGAGAUCAUAUCUAAAGCAGUUGCAGCAUUUGCUGCGACAGGAAUGGAUGCGUAUAGCAUACUUCCGGAAGACGACUGGUUUGUCGAGAUUUGCCAGGAAGCAAUAGAAAGAUUGAGUGGGAAACCAAAAAUUGCCAAUGGGGAUCGGGAUCCUAAUAGCCCAACAGCGUCUGUCUCAGCACAAUCAAUUUCAUCUGUCAGAUCUCACGGGAGUUCCUAAUGAGAAAUCGUUUCACCUCAUGUAUAUUAGAAGCAAACAGAAUCCGCCAUGGAUCUGCAGGGAGUCUUGUAUUCAUAGUAAGCAACUCCAAUUUUAAUUGUUUUUUUUCCCCCCCCAAUUAUUUUCUUCAUUGUUUAAUUUUCUUUUUAUUGUAGUACAAGGACCCAACAAUUUCUGUAGUUAAGGUUUGCAUUGUUAUGAAGUUAGGAAUUCUUUAUGCUCUCUGGUUGGGGGAGCAUUUGAGUUUGUAAAUGUUGAUUGCAUUGUUUGAUCCUAAAUCCAAAUUUGUUUUCACUCA